CUUCGCUAAACUCCGUCAGCGGCCCUGCCCUGUGACUGCACGAGCCUCUGUGAGAGAAUCCUGGCAGCUGAUUGGACGAGGCUGGUUUUGUAACGUCACACGGGAUCAUCAGUAUAACUCUGACUGAGAGACUCACUCAUUCAAAUCCUGUGUUUUGGUGGACUCUGCACAUGUCUUGGACUUUAGACAAUAACAACAUGUCUGUACAUGAAAAAACAACACACAUCAGACUGUAUCCAUCACUCCCCAGUUCAGGCCGGUAUGAUGCUUUUGUAGCAGACCCAUGCAUCAAUGGAAACACUCCUCCAGCUGCACUUUUUCCUGCAGAUGCUCCACUAGAAGACAAACAGUUAGAAGUAUCAGCCGCCAGCACAGAGGCCAGAUGGAAAGCACAGAUUCUUAUCUUGGAGGAGCAAAAUCAAGAGCUUCUUUCUAUCAAUGAGAAAUGGUCCAAAGAGUACCGGACUAUGAGGCAGUACUACAAAGAUAAGGUUGAAGAUUUAAAAGCAUCACUGCACCGUGACUACACUCGGUUUGAAGAGGAGGUGUGUGAAGGAGGGGAAAUGAAUAACAGGUUAUCUGAGAAAACAAAACUCAAGACGCUCAGAGACCACAGAAGCACAUGGACUGGAGACGCUGAGGUCAACCCGGAGUUACUGAAAGCAAAGAUGGAGGCGAAAGAGCUACAAGCACAAAACAACACACUGACCUGCCGAGGGAGGCAACAGGCCGAGGAGAUCAGACGACUGAACAGAGCUCUAGAGGAGGUACUUCAGAACACUUCUCCUGUUGAUGUGAGCAGUGAAACACUACAGGAAGUCUGGAAACAUCAGGCGGAAAUCUACAAAGAAGACUUUGUAAAGGAGCGGAGAGACAGGAAGAAGCUAAAGGAGAAGUAUCUCGAUCUAGAGAAGAAGUUUAGAACCGUUCACAGCGAGCUACAUGUCCUAAAAUCUCAGGUGACUUGGACUCAGACACCACAGCCUAUUCCUGAAUGCACCUGCAGACCUCAAGCAAAAAGUCCAAACUGGGAGGUGCGCCAGAUCAACCCGCACCAUAUGGUGUUACAGAAGCGAUAAACUGUGAACUCUGCCAUUCAGAUGCUUGUCACUCUGUGUUUGAACAUGUAUGAUACACUUUAUGCCUUAGCUCACAGUUCAUCAGGACUACAUCCAGGAAGUGAGCUCUAUUCUGUCUGAGUCAUUGGUUCAACAUCUGCUGCAGGAUCAGAGUCCGGUAGCUUCCAUUGUGGUUGCAACAAGGCCGCUCCACCACUUUGGGGCCAGUAGGUGACCUAAAACACAGAAACAUCACUGAAUCAUUCUGGGAAAAACGAAGAACCUCAAGUAACGCAGCAAAUGGUGAAAUACUCAACUCAUUACAUGCAAAAUUUGCAAUAUAGGCCACUGUGGUCUUGCUCAGCUCCUCCUCUUCCUGUGACACAGUUCCUUAAAGAGAUGUAAAAUAUUUUAAACACUAUUUAUGUGGAUCACAUACAUCAAAAAUGCUAAAUAAAUGAAAGAUCCUUAAGUGUGAGGUAGCUCUUGCAACAGAGGGAUAUCCACGAAAAAACAGAGUGUCGUCAUAGUGGUCUUUUUCCUCUGAGCAUCAGCAGGAACUCAAACACUCACUCUGGCACACUUGUGUCUGUUUAGAAGAGGAACAAUACAAGUCAUGAGGGGACCAAAGGAGCUGCAGUUGUUCACCUUACUGUGAAAGUACCUCUGUGGUGUGCAGACACUUUGAGUGUUGGAGGAACAAACACCAUGUUGUAGAGAAUCUCUGUGAAAGCAUUGCCAGUUCAUUAGCACCUGAAGCCUGCCAGAGAGGAGAUAUGGAGGUUAUAUAAAUAUGUUAUAGUAUCAGAUAUUUAAUUUAUGAAUGUUGAGAAAACUCUAUUAAUAUAUAUUUUCUUAUUAAAUAAAUCAUUGAAAUGUG